UCGAGCGAUAGCCGGCCCGCGAAUCAAGAAGUUUACGAGCUUGUUUACCUAAUAUUGGAUAAUGCAUCAUACUCAAGAAUAAAUCUCGAAAUUAUUUUUAAAACGUUGAGUGACAUUGACAACAAAAAUGAGUCAACUUUCCGAGGAUGACAGUGGUUCCGACAGUAGUAGUGAUUUUCUCGUUCCAGCAGAUAAAAUUGAUCUCGAUUCGACUUUUUUCAAAAGUACCAACGAAAAACCUAACCCUAAGAAAGCCAAAGCCGCGCCAGUAAUUGAACACUCAGAUAAUUCCGACGAUGAGUUUGACUAUUGCAAUGAUAACGUCAGUUCGAGUGAGCUUCUAUCGCAGGUACUGAAAAAUCUGAACGAUGCUCAGAGUUCUCAUCUCUUGCUUGCCCCCACUGAUAAGCAUCAAGAAAGCACCUCUAAAUCUCCGAAGAAAAGUCCUAGUUCGCCGAAAAAACAUGAUUUGUCUCAGGAAAUCGCGAAUCUUCUGUUACAAGGAGAAACGUCAACGACUUCCUCAAAAGAAGAUAAAACUGAAGAACAUAAAAUCUUAGGGACAAAAGAAAAAGAUCAGGAAGAAUAUGUUAUUCCUCAAAAAGGUGUGCAAGUUCAUCUGCCAGGAGAAAGUGUUGUUAUGUUUGACAGGAAAAAAAAGAAACAACAAGAUUUGCAAAAAGUUCUUCAAAGUAAAAUUAAUCAAAGAAUCAGACAAACUCAAGUAUAUGUACAUAAAGUGGGUUUACUCAGUUGGUUGACUCAUGGAUUUUAUCUAAAUAAGUUGGCUAAUGAUUCUGCACUGCUAGAAGCAUGUCUGUCAUUAGUUUCACAAAAUGACUAUCCUAAAAGUAAAGUUGAUUUAAAAUAUCUUGACAAAUUUACAAAAUGGUUUUAUGGGCGUUUCAAAAUUUUUGCUCUCCACAAAUCUGAAACCAUUACAAUAGAUCUCCUUUUACAAAAAAUAAAAGAAAAAAAAAUCCACAAUUAUAUAGAACUUGUUAUAUUGUAUAUUUGUACACUUAGAGGAAUGGGAAUAAAUUGCCGUUUGGUUAUAUCUUUACAACCGCCACCACUAAAACCAACAGCAGAUCAACUAUUUAAAAUUCCUCAAAAUGAAGAAAAAGAUAAUUCUAAAUCAACUGAAAAGAAAAAUUCUACAAAAGGGAAUCCGAAAAAUAAACUCAAAACUUCAAAAAAAGAUUCAUCUGCAAAUGAGAAAGUUAAAAGUCCAAAAAAAACUUUACCAAAAAAUGUUUAUGAAAAUAGUCGAGCUGCAGUACUCAUGGAAGCUAGAAAAAAAGCAGCUGCUACUUUAAAAAAUAAAGGUAAAGCUGAGGCUAAAGCUACAACUUCAAAAUCUAUCAAAAAAGAUGACAACGAAGAUAGUGAAGAUUCAGAAGAUGAUUAUAAACCAGAUUCAACAGCUCUUGCUCAGAAAUCUUCAAAGCAUUUCAAACAUAAACGUUCCAAAAAAGAUUCUGAUAGUGAAUUUUCUACAGAUGAAGAUUAUGUUGAGAAAAAACCAAAAAAGAAACCUGUAAAUAAACAUAAUCUUAGUAUUGCUGCAAAACUUGCUGAUAGAGUAAAAAAUGAAGCUAAAGUAUUAUCAACUGAUGAUGAAGAAUCAGUUCCCAAUUCAUUCAAUAUCUGGAUAGAGGUAUAUGUAGAAUCUGAAGAAAGAUGGAUAAGUGUAAAUCUCCCAGAUCAAAGUGUAGAUUGUGUUAAUACCAUCUAUAAAAAAGCAGCUAGUCCAGUUUUGUACAUAAUAGCAUAUAAUUCAUCGAACACCAUAAAAGAUGUUACCAGGAGGUAUUGUCCUCAUUGGCUCACAGAUACAAGAAAGAAAAGAGUAGAAGAAAAGUGGUGGAGCGAUACAUUGUCAUAUUGGAAAGAGAAGAAAACUGCCAUGUCUAGGGCAGAAGAUGACCAACUGUUGCAAAAAGAAUUAGAGCAGCCCCUUCCAACAACACUAAGUGCUUGUAAAGGACAUCCUUUGUAUGUCAUAGCUAGACAUUUAUUGAAAUUUGAAGCUCUUUACCCACCUGAUUGUGUACCUCUUGGACAUUUAAAAACUGGCGAGGCCAUUUAUUCUAGACAUUGUGUACAUACUCUUUAUUCAAGAGAAACUUGGGUAAAAAGAGCCAGAGUUGUCAAACCAGCUCAAGAAGCUUACAAAAUUGUCAAAUCUAUGCCAAAGUAUGAUAAGUUAUCAGGUAUGAAGAUCAAAGACCAACCAUUAGAAUUAUUUGGAAAAUGGCAAACUACUCCUUAUGUUCCUCCUGAAGCUAAAGAUGGUAAAGUUCCUCGUAAUGAAUAUGGAAACGUUGAUUUGUUUAAAAUGUGCAUGCUUCCUAAAGGAUGCGUGUAUAUUAAUCUUCCAGCAUUAAAUCGCGUCGCACGAAAAUUAAACAUCGAUUGUGCUCCAGCAUGUACUGGCUUUAAUUUUGGAUGCAGAGGAGCUUUACCUGCUUUUGAAGGAUACGUUGUUUGUCAAGAGUAUGAAGAUACUUUAAGACAUGCUUGGGAAGAAGAUCAGAUUGAAUCGAAAAAAAGAGCUGAAGAAAAGCGAUUGAAAAGAAUUUAUGAUAAUUGGAAAAAAUUAAUAAAAGGUGUACUUAUCAAAAGAAAAUUAGCAGCAAAAUAUAAUUUUAAGGAUGAUGAGGAUACUGUUGCAGUCAAGGAUAAAACUAAAGUAAUAAAAAAGUUUGCUAUUACUGACAAAAAGAAACCCGUUGUUAAAUUAACAAAAGCAGAUAAAAAAUUAGCGGAAAACAAUAGUGAAGAAUGUUCUAUAAAACAAGAUUCACAUGCUAGUAAGAAAACAGCAAAUCAAAAGUUAAUUAAGGAAAAUAAUGAAAAGGAACAGAAGAAAAAAACAUCGUCUAUCGCCGCUUCCAAAACUGAUGCAACACCAGUCGAUGAUAACUCUGAAGAUGGUGAAGCAGUUAAUGAUUCUGAUGAAUCAGAAUCUUCAAAAAUUGAAAAAAAUUCCUCAAAAAAUAAAUCAAGAAAGAGGAAAUUACCCGUUGAAGACGACGACGACGACGACGAUGAUGUCACAGUUGAAAGUAAAAUUAAAAAAAUUUCUGUUGAAAAGAAAAAACCAGUUAAGAGUCUAAAUUCAAGAAACAAAACGAAUAAAACUGCAAGCAGUGAAGCUGUUGAAACAACGCAGACAAACGAUGAAGAAAAUUUAAUUGAAGAAAAAAAAUCUAGAAGUGUAAGUAAGUCACAAAAAAGAAAACUUUCUGAAGACGAAGAAGAUUCAGAAAUGUUGAGUAAGAAUGCAAAUAAAAAGAACAAAAUCUCUAAAACAAAAGCUGGUCUUUUGAAAAGUGCAAAUGCAAAAAAACACGUUGAAUCAAGUGAUGAUGAAGAAUUUGAAAGCAAAGUUCGGUCUAGUAGAAGAAAACCUGCUGAGAAACUUGCAGCAGCAGAGCCCUCUGAAACUACUGCUAAAAAAGAGAAGGCUAAAUCAACAAAAAAAAUUAAUUUGAAGAAAAAAGAUUCUGAAACCGAACCACCCGCUUUGACCAAGCGUAUUACUAGGUCUUCCAAAAAAGUAUAAAUUUCAUUGAAUACAAUGAAAUGAAACAAAAUUAAAAGUUCAAAAAUUAGUGAUGAAAAAAAAAUAUACAACAUUAGUUGCUGCAUUUUUUUCGUUGAAUUAUAAUUUAUUGUGUUUUUGAUGAUGAGUGGGAAAACCGUUAUUACAGUACAUUUAAAUUUUUUUUUCAAUUUAUAGCAAAAAUCGAUGCAAGCUUCAUGAUAACUUCAAUUUUCGAAACAUUUCAUCUGCAAGUCUUGUGAAUAUUUCACAUCACAAAUAAUUAUCCUUUCCCAUAUAAGUGGAUUAAAAGUAUAUCAUCCAAAAUAUACAUAUUUGUUGAAUUUAAUUUAUGUACAAUAAUCUUUAACGUACCAAAUUGUUUCGUGAAUAAUGUAACAAAAGCCGGUUUUCGUAAAUGUUUUGUCUAAUGUAAUGAUACAAUGAUUAAGAGUAUCAUAUAUAUAUUUUUAAUAAUAUGUACACUACCAGUAUUAAACGUAUCUCAAAUAAAUUAACGCACAGAUUUUACACAGAUUUAUAAAUCUCUCAAUAUUUUUUGUAAAGUAUGCUUGUAAAAAAUGUCUUGUAUAAUCGUAAUAGAUGUUUAUUUUUUGUAUAAAAUACCGUUAUCAAACU